GUUGGUAGGCAGGUAGUCUGUCUCAAGUCAGCACACCAGAAGAAGGAGGGGGGGAGAAGCUCCUGAUGGAGUUGGGAUGGACCUCCUCAGGAUUGGUGGAUGGCUUCACUCGCCUUGGCCCCGUGCCAAGCCCAUAUGUCUUUAUAUACUGUGAGCCGCUGACCGGACUGUCCUGAGUCCCGAGUCCCUCUGUCUCUCUCUGUCCCUUCUCUCUCUCUCUCUCUCUCUGCAGGGCCGCAGUCCAUCUUGAAGUCCAGCAUCCUACCGGCUCUUCUUCUCCCCCGCACACCCUCCCCCGGAGCCAUGCACUCAAUGGCCCCGCUCCUCACCUUAUCCGCGUGGCUCCUGGCCGCGAACCUCGUGGCGGAGGCGACCUACUACCGGCACCACCGCUACGUGCCCUACUUCUACCGCUACCGGGGUCACUCCGCCAACGCAGAGAACCUCCUCCCGGAGGUCCCCGACCCGACGCCCGGAGCCGCGCAGCCGGGCGCGCCGAUCCCCGAGGUGAUCAACCCGCGACCCGAACUCCUCGACCCCGCGCCAGAAGCUUUCCACCCGGCGCCGGAGGUGGUGCAUCCGAUCGAAGAAGCCUCCCCCGCUGGCGACGCGAACCGGGUUUUCUACGGGGUCAUGUUUGACGCCGGGAGCACGGGCAGCAGGAUUCACGUCUACAGGUUCAUCCAGAAAGAUCCCGUUGAACUGCCCGUCCUGGACCACGAAAUGUUCCACGCAGUGAAGCCUGGACUGUCUCAUUAUAAGGACAAUCCUGAGAAGGGUGGCGACACCAUCCGACAGCUGCUGAAGGUUGCUAAGAAGACGGUGCCGGAGGAGGACUGGGGGAGGACCCCGGUGGUCCUGAAGGCCACGGCGGGUCUUCGUCUGUUGCCUGAAGACCAAGCCAAUGCUCUUUUGGAGGAGGUGCGGGAGGUGUUUGACGAGUCCCCUUUCUUUGUGCCAAACAACAGUGUUUCCAUCAUGGAAGGAGCAAAAGAAGGAGUCCUUGCCUGGGUCACGGUGAACUUCCUCACAGGUCACUUGUACUCCAACACCAGGAAGACGGUGGGCAUCCUGGACCUGGGCGGAGGAUCCACACAGAUCACCUUCCUCCCCAAGUCAAAGAAAACGGUUCAGUCCGCUCCCCCCACUUACAUCGCUCAAUUCAACCUCUUCGACCAUAUGUAUCAGGUCUACACGCACAGUUACCUCGGACACGGGCUGUUUGCGGCUCGACUGGCAACUCUCGGAGCACUGGGAGCUGAUGGGCUGGAUUGGAAAGUCUUCACUAGUUCCUGCCUCCCGAAAAAGUUCAGAGACGAGUUUACUUUCGGAGGAAACAUCUACCAAGUGAGCGGGAUUCCAGACGGCUACGCGGGAUACAAGCUGUGCUACCACGAGGUUAAGAAGGUAAUCAAAGGAAUAGUGCACCAGCCUUUUGAAGUGAAGGGCAGCAGUGUCUUCUAUGCCUUCUCCCACUACUUUGACAGAGCUGUGGACUCUGGCCUCAUUGAUGGCAGCCGAGGCGGUUCCGUUGAAGUCAGAGAUUUUAAGAAGAGAGCCAAGGAGGUGUGCAACAAAAUGACCAAGUACCGUGCUGUUAGCCCCUACCUGUGCAUGGAUAUGACAUACAUCACCUGCCUGCUAAAGGAGGGCUUUGGCUUCAAAGACAACACUGUCCUGCAGCUAUCCAAGAAGGUGAACAACGUGGAGACCAGCUGGGCCCUGGGGGCGACCUUUGACUACUUCAGAAACCUCAACAUCCACUAAGGACAUGCGUGCUGUCACUGCAGCCAGGACUGAGGGGCUUCCCCGCCCGCGACCAGCCCGUCCCGCCUCUUCUCCUCCUCGACCUCAGCAGCCCCGUUGAAGAAAUCACUAUAUUUUUAUAAGGCCAGCUAUUUCUACUGUAUGUUGAGCUAGUAACUGGUUGCCUCACUUUAUUUUUGUGAAACGUUUACAUCUUUGACCCCCUCCUGGGCGUCUGAUCUACACCUACCUGAUGAGUGUGCACGGGGUAGUCCAGAGGCAAUACCAGUCAUGCUGUGCACUGUACAGCACAUUUAUUUAGAGACUUGGUUGCUGGAAGUGCAACCAUAGUUGUUUUUCUAAAUACUUUUAAAGGAAUCCUUUCAUUCUAGUCGUAGACAAUCAUGCAUAACCCUAAUUCUCUGAUUUGCCCCUCAGCAUCUUUAGAUAUAGAGCUGUAGACAAUUCUACAGAUUAUUUUCUUCAACUUUGCACGAAACACUUUAAUUGCAGAUAUUGUAGCUCAGACAUGAUCAGUUGCUUCGAUGUUGACUUGUGUGUUUUGAAUCACCAUGACUGAAGGGCGGCAAGAACUCUGUCCAGAUGCCUUUCACACACUGUUGUAUAGCUGUUACAUGUAUGACGUUAAUGCCUGUUUUAAAGUUGAGGCAAUAUUGUUUCUUUUAUCUAGAAUGGAACAUAUCUAAUCAAGUGUGGCUAAUUGCAGGUGUGCGAAGUCCGAACUCUGUUUUAGAUUUUAAAAAAUGCCUCUAAUUAUCAUUUAAAGCCAUUAAAUGCAGCAAACAUGUAAACCAAAAUGAUGUAAAAAGGUGAAGCCCAACUUAUUUGUUGCUGGUGUCUCAAAACCAUUUAUAAAAGGGAGUUUAAUUAUUGUGAACUGUACAAAUAUUUAAAGAUUUUUUUUAUUGUAGAGCAUUUGCAUUGCUCUCUAAUUCUUGUGUAACUGCUCUUUUGACCAUCACUUAUUUUCAGUAUUCAACAUGUUCAAUAACUACUGGUGUAUGUACAGAAUGUAAACUUUCAUUCAUUCCAUAUUGUGACAGUAACGCCUUAUACUGCUGCACAAUUUCUCAAAAAUGCUCAUGUUCAUCAUGAUGAAUAACCGGAUAGGCGACAAUAUGUAAAUUGCUUUUAUUAAUGUCAGUGAAACUGAAAGUGUAGAUUAUACAUGUAUGGUUUAAUUAAAUAUGGUAUAUGUA